AUGGCUUUUGUAUUGCGCCAUAAACGUUUCGCUGCUCGUAACGCCACAACGCUCGACGUUCGCAGCGGCCUUCGCUUUCGCUUCUCUUCUCGCGCGUAAAGCGGUCUCCCCAAAACAACACAAAAACCAAAUAGAAAAUAAAAAUACAACAACAAAAAACAGCAAACCCCAUCCGCAGACAGACAAAACUCAAGUCUCCAACGACUCAAGCGUCGCCGCCGCAGUCGCUGCCUCUGCCAACGUCGCUGCCCGCGCCGGCAGCAAGAAUUACCAAUUACACGAAAUUUUUAUACUCUUUUAAAAAUUUCGUUUUAUUAUAAUAUUUAUUAUCGUGGCGCGCAGUAGUGUCUGCGGAACUCAGCUCUCCACUCUUGGCUUGCCCGAUUCUCGGCCCUCCGAUUCCGAUUCGGAUUAUACGACCAUACAAUUCAGUUUCCGAUUCGCCGUGUUUAUUGUUCCGAUUCGGCCGCCGGCUUAUUGUCACUUAACUGUUAUAGAGCGCAUAAAAAUAUAUAUUGUGUGAAAAAUCCGAAAAACCGAAAAAACUGUCAAAACACUCGGUUUAUAACUCUGUGUGUGCGGUGCAUAAAAAUUAAAAAGCCAUAAAGUUGACAUCGUAAAAGGUUCGUUCCGGAGUUCGAUAGUUCUACCUGCAAAGUGUUUUAUGGCAUUUUAAACAAAGUAAUUAAAGCAAAGCGUAAGGAGAAAGCAUUUCUCCGGCCACACACACACUCACGCACACUUGAGAAGUCGUUAAAAGCCGCAGGGAAACUCACUCUGCCAUAAAAAUACAAGAGUGCCAUUAAAAAAGAUCGCGCGCCUAUAAAUCACACGUACGAAAUCCCGCCGGCACAACGUCCAUUCGAAUUUCCGCGUAAUUGAUGACCGCAUUUUAAUUGCUUUUACAACAAAUAAGAGAUACACACACCCCACACAUACUUGUGCCACAGCUGCCACAACAACGCAACCCGAGACCAUAUGCAAAUUUAACAAAUUUCGUUGUGAAUUCGCCAGCUUCGAGCGAAAAUAAAGUAACAGAAAAGCUGCAAAGUUGAACAAAUACAAACUGCUCGCCAAAAGUUCGCUAGAGAAAACCCGAGAAAGCCAUUAACCAAAACGACUCAGAUAAAUAACUCGAACCACUCGAAGAAAGCUCCGAAACGAAAAAAGAACAAAAAGUGAACGAAAUUCCGAAGAUUCGAUCCUCGGCCAGAGAGCAAAAUAUGUGCAAUGUCAAAAUUUGUUUUCGAUAGUAUGCUGCCAAAGUAUCCACAGUUCCAGCCGUUUAUCAGUUCGCACCACCUAACCACCACCCCCCCGAAUUCGUCAUCUGCAGCAGUUGCCGCCGCCCUAGCCGCCGCCGCCGCCUCUGCCUCCGCCAGCGUCUCAGCAAGCAGCAGCAGCAGCCACAGCAACAACAACGCCAGUACCAGCAGCACCAACAACAACAGCAGCAACAGUCCCAGCAGCAGCAGCAACCACAACAACAGCAGCAAUCUCAAUUUGAGCGGAGGAUCCCUUUCGCCGAGCCAUUUGAGCCAACAUCUGGGCCAAUCGCCCCACUCGCCGGUCUCCUCCUCGUCGCCCUUCCAGCAGCACCACCCCCAGGUGCAGCAGCAACACCUGAACCACCAGCAGCAGCAGCAUCUGCACCACCAGCAACAGCAGCACCACCAAUACUCCUCGCUGUCCGCCGCCCUUCAGCUGCAGCAGCAACAGCACCACAUCAGCAAGUUAGCCGCCGCGGCCGUCGCCUCGCACGGCCACGCCCACCAGCAACUGCUGCUAACGCCCCCGUCGGCGGGCAACUCGCAAGCGGGCGACAGUAGCUGCUCCCCGUCGCCUUCGGCAUCCGGUAGCUCGUCGCUGCACCGCAGCCUCAACGACAACUCGCCGGGCUCCGCAUCCGCAUCCGCAUCCGCAUCCGCGGCCAGCUCCGUUGCAGCCGCUGCCGCCGCCGCCGCCGCUGCGGCCAGCUCCUCGUUUGCCAUCCCCACCAGCAAGAUGUAUCCGUACGUGUCGAAUCACCCGAGCAGCCACGGAGGACUCUCCGGAAUGGCCGGGUUCACCGGACUGGAGGACAAGUCGUGCAGCAGGUACACGGACACCGUGAUGAACAGCUACCAGUCGAUGAGCGUACCUGCCUCGGCCUCCGCGCAGUUCGCGCAGUUCUAUCAGCAUGCCACCGCCGCCGCUUCGGCGGUAUCCGCGGCCAGUGCCGGAGCGAUCGGAGUGGACUCGCUGGGCAACGCCUGCACACAGCCCGCCUCCGGCGUGAUGCCGGGGGCAGGGGGAGCGGGCGGAGCCGGCAUCGCCGAUCUGCCACGGUAUCCCUGGAUGACACUUACAGACUGGAUGGGAAGUCCCUUCGAGCGUGUCGUUUGCGGCGAUUUCAACGGCCCCAACGGAUGCCCCCGAAGACGAGGCCGCCAGACUUACACUCGCUUCCAGACCCUCGAACUGGAGAAGGAGUUUCACUUCAACCACUACUUGACCCGGCGAAGGCGCAUAGAGAUCGCACACGCCCUCUGCCUGACCGAGCGCCAGAUAAAGAUCUGGUUCCAGAAUCGGCGCAUGAAACUGAAGAAGGAGCUACGUGCUGUCAAGGAAAUAAAUGAACAGGCGCGACGCGAUCGCGAAGAGCAGGAGAAGAUGAAGGCCCAGGAGACGAUGAAAUCCGCCCAGCAGAACAAGCAAGUGCAGCAGCAACAACAGCAGCAGCAACAGCAGCAGCAGCAGCAACAGCACCAGCAGCAGCAACAACAGCCGCAGGACCACCACUCGAUCAUCGCACACAAUCCGGGCCACUUGCACCACUCGGUGGUGGGUCAGAACGAUCUCAAGCUCGGCCUUGGCAUGGGCGUGGGUGUCGGAGUGGGCGGCAUUGGGCCGGGCAUUGGCGGUGGGUUGGGCGGCAAUCUGGGCAUGAUGAGCGCCUUGGACAAGAGCAAUCACGACCUGCUGAAGGCGGUCAGCAAGGUCAACUCCUAAACUGACCCCAGUCGCCCCCCAGCCGAGCCAACGAGCCAAUCUUCCACCAGCCGCACCACUAGCUCCACUAGCACCACCACCACCACCGCAGCCACCAUCGCCGGCACCAGCGUCUGGCGUUCUUUUUCGUCUCUUCGUCUGCGUAAUGCGCGGGAUAGCAAGCAGAAGAUAAACUCGAUAACUAAAAUACGUAAAGUUUUACAUAGUAAAUAGUUGGAUAAGUCUACAAACCUACACACACGCAAAUGAGUGGGUGCGGUGGCCCAGGGGCGAUUUGCUGGAUAGGGUUUAAUUGCCUCGGAUCAAAGCUUUCUGAGGUUUCCCCAAAUGCAGAGGCCUAUUUGAUAGUGCAACGCAUGCGAUUCCCUUUCAGAUCUCCAGUGAGAAUUUGUGUAUCCAACACUUCUUCCAUACUUUCCCUUUCGCGCAGUCCAACCCCUAAAUUGGCAAUUCAACCCCCAGUGCUGAGCCCCUGGGCCAACGGGGCCCAACUUGGUAAUAUUAAUGGAUAAAUUGAACUACUUAGAAUAGCGGUAAAUGCUUAAGGCAGGAGUUAGCAGGAGACGCGAUCUAUAUAUAAAAAUGAAUAUUGACGAAAUGAGCGAUUUUUGAUAGUCAAAGGACUCCGUUGCCAGCCAUCGACAUCGACCCACUCCCAAUGGGAGGGGGUUCGCGAAGAAGGCAGCUUGGCGAGUUCGAGUGUAAAAUUAUUUGCGACUGCUGUAGGAUAACCUAGUUCGAUAUUUAGAGCCACGUUCGACUAUGUUUGACGGUAUAUGAAUACAUAAUUAUAUGGAUAUGCUUACAGAUUAAAGAUACUUACCUAUAGAGUUAUAGAGCGUACGUUUUGUAUCUACCUAUUUAUUGGAAAUUUCUGUUUAUGUUUUUCGAAAAAAAACCCUCUUCCAAUGUUUUGUUUAAGUGAUGUGUUUACUGUGUGUUUGCUGUAUUUCGUUGUAUGCCAACGCUUGAAUACAAUGAUUUCUUCAAUGCCAUAUUAAUCUUAAUUCGACUCAACGCGCAAGCAAGUAAACAAGUAAGCAGCAAAAGUAUGCAAAACAAUUGCGCAAAUAUUUCCAUAAAUACCAGUUGUAAGGACGAACGGUAUGCAACAUACCCAAAAGCAUAAUCACGAUUUCAAAUACGUAAUAAUAAUAAUGAAACAAGAAACUAAAUUGGAGUAAGAUGGAGCUGAGAAAUUAAAUGUCGUUUGCCAGUGACUAAAAUUUUAAAUUAACUACAGUUAAGCGGAGAGUGUACUGGGCGCAAGGGCCUAGAAAUCUACAAAAUAUAACAAACAGAAAGGAAACUCUAAAAUACGUAUUAGCUUAAGGUUGCAACAACAGAGAAAAGGCCAAGUAGGGAGGGAUAUAGAGAGGACGAACGGCAGAACCCAUAUACGUAGAUUUCAAACUUCCCGAAAUUAAAUUUACCUAGCAUAGUCUCUCGCGGAUUGCAAGUUGAAUUAAAGUCAAAAUCUAUUUAUUAUACACAACCGAAGCGGAUGGCUUACACAGCGCGUAUUUACAUAAACAAUUAUUGACAUUGAUAUAUAUGAAUAUAUAUUACAAAUAUAUACAACUAUGAACUUAUAUGUGUAUGUAUAAAUACCUAAAUGUAUGUGUAUCUAGUAUGGUUAACACUAAAAGCAGUCGAGUCAGACAGAGUUGAAGUCACGUUUUGCCCAAAACCAGACACCACCAAAAAUCAGCAUCCCCCCAGCGCACAUCCUUCUCUAUGGGAAUACCACUGUCAUAUUAUCCUAUGUUUUCCGAGUCCCCCCGGUUCGAGUGAUAUUCACGGGUGGUGACAGCCUUUUGCCUUGUUUCAACACCUGAUUGAAGGAAACUGAGUGGUUUCUGUUUCUGUUUCCGCUUACGUUUCCGUUUCUGUUUUUGUUGCGUUUCAGUUUGGUUUAAGUUUAAUGUUUAGUCUCAUUUGGACGGCCUAGCAAAUUAGCGCGUAAAUUAAUAUUUUGUUUGAACCCUUAUGCUAAAACUUCUGUUAAUUUUAGUUUAAGUUUAGUUGUGACGAAUUGUGUAUUAUAUAAUUUUAUGCGAUUUUAAAAUGAAUGCGAAAAAAUUAAAUAA